AUGAAAAAAUAAUUUCAUUUCUAUAAAAAAAAUAAAGAAUGGCAAUAAGAAUUUCAAGACAUAGAUGAUUAAGUAGUUCUAGAAAAAGUUGAAUUGCCACCUUCAGAAGAUGAAGAAUAACAAGUUUAACAAGAAUAAUAAUUAGAGUAAACUAAGUAAAAUGAAGGAAGUGAGAUUGAUAUUGUAGAAGAAAAAGAAGUGAUAAAUAUAUAAUCUAAUGAGAAAUCUAAAAAAAUUGAAUGGUUAGACUCUGAUAUUGAAGGAAUUGAUGAAAUAGAUGAUGAAGAAGAAUUAAUUGAAGAUGUUAAUGAAAUUAAUCAUGAUUAUAAAACUAUUUUUGUAUAAGGACUUCCACUCAAAAUAAGUGAUAAAGAGAUUGCUGAUUUCUUUUCAUAAUAUGGAACAAUCGUAUCAAUUGAAAUUCCUCGAAAUGAAGGAUCUUAAUUUACUAAGAGAAGAGCAUUUAUUGAAUAUAGUACAGUUAGUGAAGCUUAGAGUACUAGUAUGCUUGAUUUAGAAUUAAAAGGAUGUCCUCUUAGAAUGAGGAUUGGGAUAUAAGAAUAAGAGGAUAAUAAUAAUAAAAAAAUUAGUAAUAAUAGAAGUAGGAGUAGAAGUUAAUCAAAAUGA